GACCUGAGAGAUGCAACAGCAACAACACAAACCAAAAUGUCGGACACGGAGGGAAAUUUGAAAGCUCACGAAAACCUUCCAUUUAUCCGAAUUCGAAGCGACUGGCAAGAUGGAAUAAGAAAAGGUGAAAAAGUUUGGAUCUCCUGUCAUGUUCAAGGUAAAAAGCCUAUUUAUGGAAAUAUUUUGUCAAAUGGAGCCAGAAAUUAUUCAGACAUGCACAUAGAAGUUGACCAUAAUGAUUUCACAGCUGAGCUUCUCUCUACUGUAAUAAUCAAAGUUUCCUCUGUAAGUCAAAAUGUGUCAAGUGUGUUCCAUGCACCAUUUUCAACCUUCAGGAACCUCCACAAGAAGGCUGUUAGGUGUGUUGAUGUGUCCCCUGGUGGAGCUCUUGGGAUUUCUUCAAGUGAUGAUGGAAGUUUGAAUAUCUGGAAUACUUCUGAUGGUGUAGUUAGGCGAUGUCUAGAGGGACACAUCAGCGAUGUGACACACUGCAGGUUCUUUCCCUCUGGGGUUGUAGCCUUGAGUGGAGGCAUUGACAUGAGACUGAGGAUCUGGUCUGUUGAGAAUGGAUCCUGCCCUAGGGUUCUAGUCGGACACAGUGCAGCAAUAACUGAUACAGCUAUUAUUGACAAAGGGAAGACUUUUGUAUCUUGCAGCCGAGAUGGAACUGCAAAACUUUGGGACUGUGGCGAAGGGAAAUGCAAGCAAACGCUAGUCGAUACACAGUGCGUUAUUAACUCUUGUGCUCUUGAGGCUUGCAAUCCAGGAAUCUUUAACGACCAGACCCCUAUGGAAGGUACUGGUGAAGAUGGUUUGGGUGGCAGAGCUUUACUGAUCGCAAGGGAAGAUGGGAUACUAGAAGCCAUUGACAUUCAUAGCGGUACACAGAUCUUCCGGUCUAAUUGUCACUCCGCAAUUAACUGCUGUGAUUUUGUCAACGAACACCAAAUUAUUGGCGGAUGCGAAAAUGGAACAAUAUUUUGUUUUGACCUGAGAAAUGGGGCAUCGGCAUCUUCAACAUAUUCAAUGGGAGAGUCUUCAGUUCACCAUUUAAAAGUGCAUAACAAUAAGAUUUUUGUAGCCCGAGGCGACGGUUCUUUGCAAAUCUACAAUCCAUUUGAGCAGAAUGUGAAGGAAACAUUGCAGCUUACUGGACCAGACGACGAUCCUAUUUAUAGAUUUUGUUGCUAUGGGGAAGAUGUAUACUCUGCUUGCAGAGACGGAGUGAUAAGGAAAUAUUGCUUGGAUCCGACAAAAUGGCAAUUUCAUGUAUGAUUGUAUUGACUCAUGGCUGUAUUGGAUACAAUGGGAGUUUGUUUCGAGGAUGGAAAUACAAUUUGGUUCCAGAAGAUAUCUACAUUCAUGACAUGUUUUGAAAGACUGCUUUUAAGGAUAUGCAUAAGAUUGACUAUUUAACACAGUAACAACUAACCUAGCAAUCAUUAUUUUCCUUUCACCAUGACCUAUAUGAUGCACUGCUGACACAGAUGUUAGUCAACUAUAGGAAUCUUUAGCUAUAAAUAUUUUCUUAUCCGACAGUCAAGCUAAAUGUUUCAUUGCAAAAGAUUUUGCUUCAGAAUUCAUUAUCUAUUGUUACCUUCUCUGGAAUUGUUGCUACAUACAUAAAAUUUCUGAGAGAAAGUAGACAUUUUUAUAAGGUUGUUAUUCUUUUAUCAAGUUAUUGUACAGCAUGAGAAAUGUCAAAAAACAGUUUGCUGACAUCUUUCACAGUCACUGCCUGCGUUUUGUUCUGAUUCAGGUUUUCAAAAACAAAUUGACAAAGAUUGACGGCUGGGUGAGUUAACCUCUGUUAAAUAACUUAGUUGUCGUUUUAAAGGGAUGGAUGAAACAUGGCUAGGUCUUUUCCAAGCAUGGCAUCUUUAGCAUGGUGUAUUGAAUGUUGCGCGGAUGUAAAACUUAAUGAACCUGCGUUUAACAGGUAAUAUGCUUCUAGAGAGAAAAUUAUUUUCUUACUUUCGUGGAAAGAGAGAGGUUUCGUUAAUUGUUUGAAAUGUCAACAGGUCACCGUGGCAGAGACGGAUACCAACCCCAUUCCACAAGAAAAGCUCCUGUCAAUAGGCUUUCUCCCUUUAAAAAGCGUUUACAGUUGAUAUCAACCACUUUUAGUAUUAGAUUUAGUAAUGUUUGACCACAGCCAGCCACGUCAACCAUUGUAAAGUAUGUGACACCCCUCUUGUUGCAAAUACAAAUGCACUUUUUAUUGUACUCAGGUAUUUAUCUAAAAAGAUUUUCAAAAGGCACCAAAAUAAAAGUUUUGAAUUGUCAAAGCAGCUAACGAUAAAAGCUAUAAAAGUUUCUGGUCAAAUUUGAAAUUGUCAAUGCGAUAAAUGUUUUUAGAAUGUGCAAUUUACCUUUUAAUUGUUUUUAGCUUCCUGCUAUAUUAGCUAAUAUGUAUUAUACAGAAAUAUGUGUCAAUUUUUUGAUACCCUUUUACCCCUAUUCCCGAAUUCUGCGACUCUAGUCCGAUUUUUACACUACUCUCCCCUGGCAAGUUAGGAUCGUAAUCGUGAACGCUCCUUCACAGAUGACCCAUGUCUUUAUCGCUUAACUUGGUUGCAAAGGGACAUUUUGAAUAUGACUGAAAAUUUGUUGGAGAGACGUGUCUAGAUUCGUAUUUUUACGAGAAAUCGCAUCAUUUGCAAAGACUUACAGACAAAAUUUUCAUCUCAUGGUACUUUGCAGCAUUUAAUCAAAACUAUCUUAAAUCAUGGCUGCAUCGUGUAAGCUACAGUUUCAUUCUAGCUUUUCUCGUGACACCCUUUUCACUCAAUUUUCUUCAUCCAAUAAGAGCCGCUAAUGUUCAUACAUCCGAAUUCCUUAUGCGAUGUGAAAAAACUUCGUUGGUUUUAACUGGUCAUGUUCAAAAGAUGCAAAAUUUGAAAGCCAAAGGACCUUCGAACACACCCCUG